AUGCUGCGCAGUGUCCCGGGACGCUGCUCAGGCCGCUGGGAGAGGCUGGAGCCGCCGCCCCGCGCUAGCAUGCUGAGGCAGGUGCUACAUGCGGGGCUGAGGACCUCCUUCCACGCCCUGGGACGCUUUGUGGCCUCGCACCCGGUCUUCUUCGCCUCGGGGCCCGUACUGCUGGCCGUCCUGCUGGGUGCCAGCUUCAGCCGGUACCACGUGGAGGAGGAUGUGGAGGGACUGCUGGCGCCCAAACACAGUUUGGCCAAGAUCGAGGGGAACCUGGUGGAGAGCCUGUUCCCCAUCAACAGGUCCAAACACGCCCUGUACUCAGAUCUGCAGACGCCGCGGAGAUACGGGCGAGUCAUCAUCACCAGCAGAAAGGGCAGCGUGCUCGAGCCGCCGCAUCUGGACGCCAUACUCGAGCUGCACCAUAGAGUCUCUCAAAUGCACGUGACUGUUCCAUCGUCAGGCGCCAACAGCUUCAACUACACCUUUUCCUACCUCUGUCUCCUUGAUGACCGGAACCUCUGCAUUGUCGACGACAUCAUCCACGCCAUGGAGGAGAUCCAAUCAGCACGCAGCUCCAACCGCACACUUCCUGCUUUACACUACCCCAUCACAGAGCUGGCAGACGGGCGGCGUGCAUACAUCGGACACCAGCUGGGAGGAGUAGCCAAUGGCGGAGCAGCUUUACGAGAAGGAGUGCGCUCGGCUAAGGCGCUACAGCUAACAUACUACUUACAAUCACGAGGAGGACUUCUGGCUCUGAUCUCCAUGACCCUGUCUGGACUCAGUGCUGCUGGAAUUCUCAACCUGACUGGGGCCACAUAUAACUCCACCUACCUGGGAAUACCUUUCGUCAUGUUGGGUCACGGUUUGUUUGGCUCCUUCGAGAUGCUGUCGUCAUGGCGGCGGAGCAAAGAGGACCAGCAUGUGAAGGAGCGAGUGGCCUCUGUCUUUGAGGACGUCAUGCUCCGGUUCUCUGGCUGCACUCUUAUCCACCUCCUCACCCUGGGCCUGGGCGCCUCCCCCCUCACCAACAUGGAGGCCGUUCGUCUCUUCUGCCGCACGGCCACACUCGCCAUUGCCGUCAGCUACAUAUACACGCUGUCCUUCUACAGCUCUUGUCUGGUGUUCACCGGAUAUCUGGAAACGGGUUAUCGCCACGGCUGUUUUUGCAAAAGAGUUCCCAAGCAAGAUCAGCUGGACUCCAAACCAGCGUGGUACAGGUAUCUGAUGUACACUCGCUACCAAGAGGAAACACAAAACCAACCAAUUAGCCACGAUUCUAAUCACGUCAACGCCCACCCGCUGACAAUGAAUAACUCCACAGUGCACGGUGGACAUAAUUCAGUGCGUGGACCGUCCAAUCCUGCCAUGCCAGGUCUGGACCCUCAGGACUCGCACCUGCUGCUGGGCUGUGUGCGCCGCUGCUAUGGAGACUGGAUUACAAAUACGUACGUCAAGCCCUUUGUGGUGCUGCUCUAUCUGGUUUACAUUUCCUUUGGAUUGAUGGGAUUCUUACAGCUGUCCCAGGGGUCCGACCCGAGCGCACUGGUUGCCAUGGACACCUCCACCGUUUGGUACACCCGCGCCCAACAGCGCUACUUCAGCUCGUACUCCCCCGUCAUCGGCUUCUACAUCUACGAGAGCGCCCCCUACUGGAACUCCUCUGUCCAGCACGACCUACUGGAGUACGCUAAAGGCUUCCAGAGAAUCAGCUGGCUCGAAGCGUACCUCAACUACCUGUCGGACCGUAACGAAUCCACAAGCCAACCAAGAGAUAACUUCACCAACACUCUACGCCACUGCUUCUUAAAAGAGCCUGAGUUUGUCCAUUUUACUGAUGACGUUAUUUUUGCGGAGCGCGGACAGGGAGAGGAACCGGACAUCGCGGCUUCACGCAUUUUCCUCGUGGCAAAGACCAUGGAAAACAAGCGCGAGGAGAUGUCAAUACUUUUGGAUACGCUGCGUCGCCUUUCGCUCACAUCCAGACGCCCCCUUGCUGUGUGGUUUUGCAUCAGGGAGGGACUUGAGCAGGACUCUUUGGGUUCGAGUCGCUCUAGAAAGACACGGCAUCCCAAGUUUACAGACUUUGAUUUGCUUCAGCGCAUCGUUAAUCCCGUUGGGGUCGGGGUUGCCAUGGUGAUGGGCAGAUGGGGGAUUCUGAGAUGA